AUGGCACGUCAGUGGAUUUUGAACAGUCAAGAUGGCUUUGAAAAGUCGCUCGAAUACCAACACGUUGAAAUCCCAAAGCAAUCUGACCUGAAACCGAAUGAAGUUCUUGUCAAACUAUACGCUGCGAGCUUGAACUAUCGCGAGCUUAUUAUAGCAGGCCCUCUGGGUGUCAAUGGGCCAAUCAAGCCACCCAUCGUACCUGGAUGCGACGGAGCAGGCGUCGUCGAGGCUGUCGGAUCCUCUGUCCAAGAUUUUCAACCAGGAGAUCGAGUUGUGACGCAAUUCGCUCCCAAUGUUGCCGAAUCUAGGGGAGACGACGCACCAUCCACCAUGGAAGAUGUGCCUUUCAUGCUGGGCCAGGGAACAGAUGGCACACUUCGCUCUCACGGAGUCUUCUCAGAGAAAGCUCUUGUUCUCGCCCCCAAGUCCCUCGAUUGGAUUGCUGCUGCAACUUUGACAUGUACCUGGACCACGGCUUGGAACUCUCUCUUCGGCGUCAAGGGCUCCGAGGUCGGUUCCGAUACCUGGGUCCUAGUCCAAGGCACCGGUGGCGUGAGCGUCGCCACACUCCAGCUUGCAGUCGCAGCAGGGGCCAAUGUCGUCGCAACCACUUCGACGGAGGAAAAGGCAGCACGCCUGCGCUCUCUCGGCGCUGCGCACACCGUCAACUAUCGCACCAACCCGGAGAACUGGGGCCUAGAGGCUAGAAAGCUCACGCCCGGCGGAAAAGGAUUUGAUACAGUCAUUGAUGUCGGCGGCAACGAAACUCUCGGUCAGUCGCUAGCCUCGGUACGUCCAGAUGGAACCGUCAUGAUCGUGGGCCAGGUCGGUGACAAUGUCGACAUGGUUCCGCUCCACGCUGCGUUGUUUCAUACCUGUGUUGUGCGAGGGGUUCUAGGAGGCAAUCGGGCACAGUUUCGCGAGCUGGUUCAAUUCAUUGACAACAAGAAAAUCAAGCCUGUGGUGGACGAUGCUAUUUUUGAGUUGGCAGAAGCCAAGGAUGCUUACAGACGUCUCAAAGAGAAGAAACACUUCUCCAAGAUCGUAAUUCGUGUUGACCAUCAAGAAGUCUAG